AUCAGAUUUCUUCGUGCAUGGUUUAACUUUGGAACUGGAAGAUACUUACCUUAAUUCGUGUUUUAUUUAAUAACACUAUUAAAUAAAUUAUUAAAUGAAUGAUUGGUUACCUAAGAAGCCAACGUAGCGGGUUUUAAAGGCAUCUGUGAAGUGCGUUCCUUGUAUUUUCGUCUCGUUGGAGGGCGUCUUGGUUUCUGAGGAACUCGUUGCUAUGACGACGGCAUGGCCGAGCUCGAGCAGCUAGAAGCGUUGCGAAGACAGAACAAAGAUUUACUGGAAAAACUCAAGAAACAAGCCGAAAAACUACACGAACUGAAGCUGUCGCUCCCCGACGAUGAGGCCGCGAGACAAAGCUCCGUCUGUGAAGCGUUUAACGGAAGUAACGGCCAAUGCCUCGCGCCUUUAACGGAAAGAAACGGGGAGAAAGUGGCCGCGGCAGGAUGCGCUGCGGAAAGCGUCAAAACUCAGGGCGAGCAGUUUGAAGAUUGUGAACCACCAAAACAUUGUAAACACAACUACAGCAAACUACUGCAGGACACUGGGAACAGUCGCUGGCAGGGGCAUAGAAGAACCACAAGACUGAUGUUUCCCAAAUCAGCGCCUCUCACACAGCAUAAGGCACAGAUAGAGGUUGACAGUGCAACCUCUUUGUUCCCUGGGCCGGAAGAUGACAGUACAUCUGAGAGACGACGCAUUCGACCAUUACUGGGCUAUGACUGGAUAGCCGGCCUGGUUGAUGCAGAGAGUUCUCUUACUGAACGCCCAGAGCACUUCUUCAGUGACCUGCAAAACUUCCGACAGGUCAAUGGAGAUGAAUGCAUUCACAGCUCGAUAUCUGGACCUCCACUUGCUGAUCUUGCGUCUUCUACGCUUGAAGACAAAGAGCCGCAGGAGCCUCCAGACACCCAUCAGUGCACAUUCUGUUACAGAAUAAAUAGUCGCUUAUUUGCGGCCCCUCUGGACCCACAAACUGCCUGUCCAGUGUGCAAGAUGCCCAAAUCAGAACAUUCCCAAACUAAAACAGAGCCCGCUAUCAUCAGGGUCAGUAUUCCUCGUUCUGCUUUAUUGCCAUCAUACAAAUACAAAGCCCAUCGCCGCUGCAGUUUUGAUCCGUCUGAUAGCCUGGGUUUACCCUCGCACUGUUUGUCUGGAUGGUCCGAUCCUACCCUGAGCUCUGGCUAUCAGAUGAGCAGUCUGGAUUUACGGGGGUCCAUGACAGCAGCAAAUAAUAAACAGGAUUCGUCCUUGUUCAAGGAGUCAAGACACCGGCGUUCUGAUCUGAACCUUAGCGUGUCUCGUUUACCAAGGUAUCACCUUCAACAUUCGGACACAAAGAUGCCAGAAAACCACUGGAGUCCAUACGCUCCUUCCUGAAAUCAUUUCACACCUUUAAAGUCAAUGGUGCCACACAUGAAUGUUCAUCCAAAUUCCCCUCUGUUUGUUCAAAUGAGUGUUAAAAUUAUUUUAGAUGUACACAUACGUACGAAUGAGUGUGCACAUGGAUUAUGUUGUACGAUUGUGUGACUGAUACGUAAGAUACAAAAUAAUAAGCGUGCACAUGGAUUACGUUGUACGAUUGUAUGACGGAUACCUAAGACAGUUACUUGUUUUUGUUUAAUUUUGCAAAACUAUUUAUAGAAAAUUUAAAAUAUUAAACAAAGUUAUGUUUGUUUGUA